CUGAUGACGUCAGCCACUGGUGCAGGAAGAUGGGGGACGACGGGGAGACGAGGAGGCACGUCAAACAGCAGCACCGCGAAGGCCACGGAACAGCAAACCGGAUUAACGCCUUGACAUGUCACCCUCGACUGUAUUUUAAUCUGCACCAGCGGGGUGUUUUCAAAAUAAACUCGGCAACACCGGAGUGCGGAUGGCUGCGUAUGAUGUCAGACGGUCACAGCCGGUGUGUUGGUACGCAGCCUGAACAGACAGCAUGGGACUCAAGCUCAAUGGCAAGGGACAACAGAGCCACAGGAUGGUAAUCUUGGCGGCCAUCUUCGUCCUCAUGACACUCCUCAUCCUGUAUGGCUCCAACAAUGUCAUCGACGACUAUGCUCCCUUCCACGUGGCUACAAAUACUGCACUCAGGACCACAGACCUGAAGAAGUGGGCUGGGAGGGAAGGUUAUGUGCCCGUUUAUGGGAACAAGAACAUGACCCUCCGCUGUCAUAACUGUGCGCUGGUGACGAGCUCCAGCCACCUCCUGGGCACCGGAGCAGGAGAAGAGAUCGACCGUACGGAGUGUGUGAUUCGUAUGAAUGACGCCCCGACGCUGGGGUUCGAGAGUGACGUAGGGAACCAGACCUCUCUGAGGGUCGUAGCCCACUCCAGCGUGUUCAGGGUGGUGCGGAGGCUUAACGAGCUCCUGCAUCGCUCAGACAGCAGCCCUGUGAUCAUCUUCUGGGGACCCCCAAACAAGAUUGGGAAGGAUGCCAAGGGAACCUUGUACAGACUGAUCCAGAGAAUCAGCAUGACCUACAGCAACUUGUCUUGUUUCAGCAUCACAGCCAGCAAGAUGCGCAGAUUUGACAACCUGUUUCAGAGGGAGACGGGACGAGAUCGACAAAAAUCUCACUCAUGGUUGAGCACGGGCUGGUUCACCAUGGUCAUAGCCAUCGAGAUAUGUGAUAACAUCAAAGUCUACGGGAUGGUUCCACCCAGCCACUGUGGAAAAAGAACUGGAUCCAAGAAGGUGCCCUACCACUACUACAAGCCCAGGGGGCCUGAUGAGUGCGUAACAUACAUACAGAACGAAAGUGGCCGAAGGGGAAACCACCACCGCUUCAUUACAGAGAAGCAGGUGUUUGCACGUUGGGCAAAACAGUACAACAUCACCUUCACUCAUCCCAAAUGGUGAGAAGACUUCAGUGGAGAGCUGUCACUGAGGCCUGUGAGCCGGAUUGUACUGCAACCCCCCCCCCCAGCGAGCCUUCAGGGAAGCACAUGAUGAAUGGCGGCCACGUCCAUGAAUCACCACGAGGAUGAAAAACUGUUUUCGGACCAAACGGCUGAGACGUUUUGAGAGGUUUGUCAAACAGUGUGUGUGUGUAUUUCACACUGACGCGUGGCCGUCGUCCGACAGGCGUUUUUGUAAAUAGAAAAGGAGAUGAAUUUUUACAUGUUUGUAAUAUUUUUGUUAUUAUGUUUUGAAGAAUGCGCUUAUGUUUCCCGUGUGAAGAGGAGAUUACAUCAGCAAACGUUCUCAUUAGACAUGACAAAGUGGCCUACAGAACACUUUGUUCUGCUAGCUCUCCGUACACAGAGAUUAUUGCUCCUGAACCAAGACCAGAACCAGACUUUUUCAGUACCUUAGCCUCAAUAGUUUAAAUAUUUUUACUCACAUUUCAUUUAGUGAAAAAAAAAAGCCAAAAUUGUUCUCAAAAAUCCAUACAACUAAAUAAA